UCCGCCCCGCGCCGCGCUGCCUGUGCCGCUGCUGCCGCCUGCUCGGCGCUGUCCUGCGUGGCGGGGGCUGCCCGUGUGAGGGUCCGUGCAUCGUGCCGGCGGUUGGCGUGCGGCCUGCUGCUGUGUGUGAGGUUACGGGGUUCGCUCGCCCUCCUCGCACCACGGGUACCUCCGUGGGAGUUGAAUGAAUUCUUUUGUUGUCGAUUUGCUGAGUUGCGUUUGUCGUUAGCCUCUUCCUUUUUCUUUUUCUUUUUCUUUUUUUAAUUUUAGAAUUAUCUAGCAUGUCUUCUCUAACAGAAAAGGACAGAGCGAUUGUUCAGCUGUUACUGGGCGCUGGCACAUGCCCACGAUGUAUUUUCAGGUUCUGCCGUGUGGGAUCACAGACGCUGUAUAGACAUCCAUACAAGGAUUUGAUGAAGGAUUUGAAACAAUUCCUGAAAGGUAAUCAAGAAAAAGAAGAUACAACUUGCUUUGAUGUAGCUGAUCCACCUUGUAAGCGAUUCAGACUUGGACACACGGAAGAAGGGCCUGAUGAUCUGAACCGGAAUGGAGCGCUCAGUCAGAUUCCUUUGGUUAGUGAUGAUAAUGCUGCUGUGGAGGACUCGUCUGUGGAAGUUUGCAAUGUGUGUUUGGGAAUUCUUCAGGAGUUCUGCGAGAUUGACUUUGUUAAAAAGAUGUGUGAAAAAGUUAAUUCUGCUGACUACCAGUUCACCAGUUUUGUGUUUUCUGUGUCACUACCCCCACAGCUGUCUGUUAGGGAGCAUGCUGCUUGGCUGCUGGUAAAACAGGAAAUGGGAAAACUGGGCCUUUCCUUGGCAAAGGAUGACAUUGUUCAGCUGAAAGAAGCUUAUAAGUGGAUUAUUCAUCCCCAGUUGUCAGAGGAGUUGGGUGUUCCCACUGAUGGAAAGAGUUUGUUUGAAGUUAGCGUGGUCUUUGCUCACCCAGAAACAGAUGAGGAGUGCCAUUUCCUAGCCACAGUCUGUCCAGAUUGUUUCAAGCCAGCAAAGAACAAACAGUCUGUUUUCACUAGAAUGGCAGUUAUAAAAGCCCUAGAGAAGAUAAAAGAAGAGGAUUUUCUCAAGCAUUUUCCAUGUCCCCCACGUUCACCGAAGAACCUCUGUGUUGCUCUGGAAAUUCAGUGCAAUAAUGGUGCCGUUUUUGUGGCUGGAAGGUACAAUAAAUAUUCAAGGAAUUUACCUCAAACUCCCUGGAUUAUCGAUGGGGAGCGGAAGCUGGAAUCUUCAGUGGAAGAACUGAUUUCAGAGCAUCUAAUGGCGGAAUUCAAAGCAGACAGCUUCAAUUUUUCUUCCUCUGGAAGAGAAGAUGUGGAUGUAAGAACGCUAGGCAAUGGAAGGCCUUUUGCAAUUGAGCUUGUGAAUCCUCAUAGAAUACAUUUUACUGCUGAGGAAAUGAAGGGACUUCAGCAGACAAUUAAUAACUCUUCAGACAAAAUACAGGUCCGAGAUUUACAGCUUGUCACCAGAGAGGCAAUUGGUCGUAUGAAGGAAGGUGAAGAGGAAAAAACAAAGACCUAUAGUGCCUUAAUAUGGACAGACAAAACUAUACAGAAAGAACAUAUUGCAUUUCUAGAUAACAUCAAGGAAUUAAAACUGGACCAGAAUACACCUCUCCGGGUUCUGCACAGAAGGCCCCUGGCUUUAAGAUGUCGAAUCAUUCACACCAUGAAGUCUGAGUACAUAGAUGAGCAUCACUUCCGCCUGCGUCUGAAAACACAAGCGGGAACGUAUCCUCAGCUGCAGUUACACAACGCAUUCAUGGUGAUUGUGGACUGGGCUAUAUUAAAGAAUUUGUGCACGGAGACUUCGGAAGAACAAAGCCAAAUAUUGGCUCCCUGCUGAACAGAACCACUGACAUUCUGGAGCUGGAUGUAGAAUCCGUUGACAUUGACUGGCCUCCAGCCCUGGAUAACUAGCUUCACAAGUUGGGAUGUCGGCGCAACAGCUCCUCCAUCGGCAGCAGUUCAGUGAGCACCGUACAGUAUUGCAACCUGGUUGCAAAGUAUUCUUAUUGAACGUUUGGAUCAUGUUGAUUCUCCAAAGGAUACUGCUCCUUUGAGUCAGCUUCGCACAGGUAGUGUUCAUUUAGCAUCCAGCUUUUAGAAAAUGUUCUCCUGUGCUUACAGUGAUUUUGGUAAGCUAGUGUAUUGAUAACAAGUCGUCUUUGAAAAAUCUGUGAAGAAGAACAAACGGUGUGCUAAGUGCUUAAUGCAGUGCUGUUUGGAAUGUUGAAUUAAAAAUCACCCUCCCUCAAGCCUGAUUUAUUGUUUUUUAUUGUUUUUUUAUGUUAAUGCUGCAGCUUUCUUGUCUGGAUGCAGGUAGCACUGAAUCACCUGGAAUGCAGCUCUGACACUGAGCACUGUUCAUGCAGGACCGUGCCUGGAAGGAGGUGGGAUUCUGCUCUGUGCCAGCUGCUUUGUGAUCAGUGUUGGUUUCAGGGAUGGGCAGAUUUGCUUCCCAGAGUACUUUUGAAAGGGAAAAGGAGUUUUCAGAUGAAAACGUUACAUUUAAAACCAGGUUUCUCUCCUUUAAAAACACCAGUGAUGUUUUGUAGAAACUCCACGGGAGGUGCUUGCAGCCUCAGCAGCUCUUGGCUGAAUUACAGGCCUCCCCUUGCAUUGGAUUUCCCUGAGUCGCUGUAAGGCUGCAGAUUGCUGGCAAUAGUGCAUGGUGGAAUUCUAGAGAAAAACAGGGAUACCAAGAACCCAAAAGAAGAGCGAACAAAUACAAAAUGUUCUGAAGAAUGUUGGUAUUAAGAGACCAAGACGGAGAGAAAAAGCUUCGGUUCGUGGACUAGUUGUAGCAUCAUAGAUUUUCUGUAGAACCUGGCCUUGGAUGCCUGGAUUAGUUGAACGCUGCCUGGGAACAUGCCUGGAAUAGGGAAGGCCUGCUCUUUGCUUUGGUGGGGGAUUUGUAUGUGUCACAGACAGCAGAGCUGGCUCUGCAGGAGGUCCAAGCACUCCAUGCUUUGGAAUGCGCUGCAGGCUGGCUGCUGAGGAGCAGCAGCAGAGCUGGAACUGCUACCCUGAGUGUCAGGGACUGGGGGAUAGGGAACCAUCCUUGUCCUGCUCAGGGUCUGCUUCCCUUGCCUGCUGCAGCAUCGGUCUCACUGCAUGGAUGCAGCAGCAGCUGGGCUGCAGGGCUGGCCCUGGGCCUGCUCAGUAGCAAAAUUCUUCCACUUGCAUCUUCCGGAAAAGCCACUUUUCUGCUUCAUUCAUUAAGAGAAUGCUUCUGUUUCUGUACAGAAUAAUGUUGCACUAUUCUCAGGAAAUUAAGGUUUGGAAUCUAAGGGCUCUUCAUUAACGAACAUUUCAGAAAUAAAGGGUAAUUCUUUUCCAGAGAAAAAAAAGCGGAGGUAGUGAAAGAUUAUGGAGAUGUUACCCUGAAAUCGGUGGGGCCAGGACCUUGUAGUAGAACAGCUAGGUGGUAACUUCAGUUGAAGGCUCAAAACACAUUAUUGCACAUGUAAAACUCGUCUUGAAACAUGAGCCUAAAUUGUAUAUACUGUGUUGCGGGCUGUCAGAACUUUCCUUGUUUGUUUUCCUAGUCCACGUGAAGGAAGCACAGUAGUUGUUCAGAAGCUCCCAUUUUUCACGUGCAAAAAUUGUAGGGGCCCUGAUUCAGACAGCAAGAUUCUCUCACUUUUAGUUAUAGGGCUGCUAGGAGAACUGAUUCUAGGAGUAAUUGUCUCAUAUAUUAAUCUGUGCCCGGAAGGGAAGCGUUGUGAAUGAUGGAAAGCUUCAGAAACUAUUCAGAAAACAAGAGAACUUCGGGCUACUCUCUGUGUGAUCUCUUGACAUAAAUGAUUGACAAGUUCCAUAAACAGGAAACAAAUGUAAGCAAGGCUGGACUGUGGACACAACAGACAUUAGGAGAGCUGUCCCAGAGGGGAAAUGGUGCUCAGAGGGACUUCAUCUCGUUUUAAAUGUAAAAUAGCUGCUUGUGAAUACUCCAAUAGGACGUUUGGCGAGAGCAGUAAGAGCAAGAUUUAAUUUUGUUCCGGUGGUGGAUGUGAAACAGGUCGAUGUUUUCUAGCAGGUUUUGUGCAAAUGCUGAAAUCUAAGAGCCAAACAGUGUUCCUUAACAUCACCCUUCUUCAUGGCAGAAGGACUUGGAUGAAGCUGUUGUCUCUCUCCAAACAGCUGCUCACCCUGAGCAUCCCCCCGCUGCAUGAAGCUGUGCCUGUAGCAUGCAUGCCCUUGGCUGAGCAUGAGUUGAGUGCCGCUGUCCCCUCUGCCCAUCACAGUCAAGCUCCUGUGCCACAAAGAGCUGCUGACUGCCAAGGACUCCUCACUACACUGUGGCCAGCAGCUGCAAACAGAACAAAAUAUUCCAGGAAGACCCAGGAUGAGCACCCCAAAGCCCAGCACCUGCUCUGGCUUCUCUGCCAUGUCUUACGGCGUCGCGAGGCUGAGAAAGCUGAAGAAGCUCAGGACUCAGUGUGACCAGUUUUUUUUUUAAUUAGCAAACCAACUUGUUUACAAACAACAGAAUUUUGAAAAUAUUUAAUUAUACCGUAAAAAUAAACCGUGCUAUAAAGAGCCUCCUAUAAAGAAAACGUUUACAUUUAAUGUACUCACUGAGAACUUCAAAAAAAAAAAAAAAAAAAAA